AUGAGUUCAACAUUCGAUGUGGAAAAGGAGCGUCAAAACGCAGAUUCUAGCACACUGUCUUCAUUUAAGAAAGUUUCCCUUUCGGUCGAUUUGGAAAGCGAUAUUCACAACACUCCAAAUGCUGAAGAGACUUCUAAUCUACCAGAAAAAGUGGAUGCUGAUGAACCAGAUGCGGACGACGAAGCACAGUAUCCUCAUGGCAUCAAGCUAUUCAUCAUUGUCUUAGCUCUUGGUAUGAGCAUCUUUUUGGUUGCCCUCGACAUGACGAUUGUAGCGACAGCGAUUCCCAAAAUCACGGAUCAGUUUCACAGCCUCGAUGAUGUUAGUUGGUAUGGGUCGGCUUUCUUGAUGACUACCGGGGGCUUCCAGUCAACCUGGGGAAAGAUAUACACAUAUUUUCCGCUCAAAUUGUCGUUUCUGCUUGCAGUCUUUAUUUUUGAGCUGGGAAGUUUGGUUUGUGGUGUGGCUCCAAAUUCCGUAGCACUUAUUAUCGGCCGGGCAAUUGCUGGAAUUGGUGCAGCUGGCAUUGGGAGUGGAGCUUUCAUUAUCAUAGCUUUCAUCGCGAGUCCAAAAAGGCGACCAUUCUUUACCGGGAUUGUUGGCAUGUCGUACGGUAUAGCGUCUGUUAUUGGCCCUCUUGUGGGCGGUGCAUUCGCAGAUAAAGUGACUUGGAGGUGGUGCUUUUAUAUCAAUUUGCCUGUUGGAGCUGUCGCAGCUACUUCCAUAAUUUUCUUCUUCCAUGCACCUGAUAGACCCUCGACAGCCAAGGUCACAUUCAAGGAGAAGCUCCUACAGAUAGAUCCCAUCGGGACGAUUCUUCUCAUCUGUACCAUCACUUCAUAUAUCCUACCACUGCAAUUUGGUGGACAAACAAUGGCAUGGAAAUCCAGUACUGUGAUCGGUCUUCUUGUGGGAUUCCCUCUCAUGGCAAUUGCUUUCAUGGCAUGGGAAUGGUUCCAAGGAGAACGGGCUGCCUUUCCACCGCGCUUGAUGGCAAACCGUCUCAUCCUCGUCAACUCACUAUACGCGUUCUUUUUCGCCGGCUCAUACUUUAUUAUAAUCUAUUACCUUCCUUAUUACUUUCAAAGUGUUCAAAACAUCAACCCGACUAUGUCUGGUGUACGAAACCUGCCUCUCAUUGUCUCGAUGUCGUUGGCCAUCAUUGUCUCUGGAGGCAGCAUCACCAAAACGGGCCAUACUGCUCCUCUUAUGGUCGUUGGUGGGGUACUUGCGACAAUCGGUUCGGGGCUAUUGUACUCGCUGGAUAUCGGUUCAAGUACAGGCAAAUGGAUUGGAUAUCAAAUCAUCGGCGGGGUUGGAUGGGGACUGGCUUACCAGGUUCCCAUCAAUGCGGUGCACGGCGCCGUCGCUCCCAGUGAUAUUGCGACCGUGACAGGUAUUGUCGUCUUCUUUCAAACUGUUGGGGGUGCCGUUUCUGUAGCUGCCGCGCAGGCUGCUCUUGUAAACCAAAUUAUCGUCAAGCUUGCCGUAACUGCACCAAAUAUCAACUCAGCCUUGGUAAUUUCUACCGGUGCGAGCGAGCUGCGAGACGUCUUUACAACUGAGCAGAUGACUGCUAUUCUCCCUGCUUAUAUGACGGGUCUCAAGGUCACUUAUGCCCUUUCGAUCGCCACGGCAGGAAUCGCUUUCUGUCUCAGCCCUUUCAACAACUUUAAGAAGAUCGACGCACAUGCUGCAGCAGACGGGUCUACGGAUGCCUCCAUAUUCAGGGAAACAUGA